UCCCUUCCUCCUCUCUCGCCCCUCCUCCGCCUCUUCCGUUUCUCCGGGAAAGGCUGUAUUCUCCUUCGGGGCUCCGCAUCCUCGCUUAGCUGAGAGCCAGAGGGUAGGUGAGGCUGAGAAGCCAGGCUUUAGAAAUGUCAGACAUCCUCCUGGAACUGCUCCGCGUCUCGGAGAAGGCUGCUAACAUUGCCAGGGCGUGCCGGCAGCAGGAGGCCCUCUUCCAGCUGCUCAUUGAGGAGAAGAAAGGUGCAGAGAAGAACAAGAAGUUUGCUGCAGAUUUCAAGACCCUGGCGGAUGUGCUGGUGCAGGAAGUUAUAAAACAGAACAUGGAGAACAAGUUUCCAGGCUUGGGGAAAAAAAUUUUUGGAGAAGAAUCCAAUGAGUUUACAAAUGAUUUGGGGGAAAAGAUCACGGUGGAACUGCAGGCCACAGAGGAGGGAACAGCAGAGCUUCUCGGCAGAGUCCUUAAUGGCAACAUGCUAGCGUCUGAAGCACUGGCCAAGGUGGUCCAUGAGGAUGUGGACGUCACUGACCCCACUCUGGAGUCCCUGGAGAUCAGCAUCCCACAGGAGAUUCUUGGGAUUUGGGUGGAUCCCAUAGAUUCAACCUAUCAGUAUAUUAAAGGUUCUGCCAAUGUUAAAUCCAACCAAGGCGUUUUCCCCAGCGGACUUCAGUGCGUGACCAUUUUAAUUGGCGUCUAUGAUCUUCAGACAGGCCUGCCCCUGAUGGGAGUCAUCAAUCAGCCUUUUGUGUCCCAAAACCUAACUACUUUAAGGUGGAAGGGACAGUGCUACUGGGGCCUUUCUUACAUGGGGACCAACAUCCAUUCCCUGCAGUUCGCCGUCUCUAAAAGCGACAGUGAAACCCAGACUGAAAACUCCAACAGGGAGUUCUCCAGCCCCUUUUCUGCUGUCAUCAGUACCAGCGAAAAGGACACCAUCAAAGCUGCUCUAUCGCGCGUGUGCGGAGGUAGCGUCUUCCCCGCGGCAGGGGCUGGCUACAAGAGCCUCUGUGUAAUCCAGGGCUUGGCUGACAUUUACAUCUUCUCAGAGGACACCACGUACAAGUGGGACUCCUGUGCCGCUCACGCCAUUCUGAGGGCCAUGGGUGGGGGCAUUGUAGACAUGAAAGAGUGCUUAGAGAGAAGUCCAGACACCGGGUUGGAUUUGCCACAGCUGCUGUAUCACAUGGAAAAUAAAGGUGCUUCUGGGGUGGAUCUCUGGGCCAACAAGGGAGGGCUGAUAGCAUACAGGUCCAGGAAUCGGCUGGAUACCUUCCUGAGCCGCUUCAUCCAAAACCUCGGGCCUCUAAAGACUCAAACGUAGGACUCUGAUCUCAGGGCCCUUAAGCCGAACUGAAUCUUUUCCUGUUAUGUCUAUCUCUUGAAGAUAGUUUUGUCCCAAUACACCUUCCUGUUUUGAGGAACAUUUUCCCAUUAUGUGUUCAUAACGUGAAUUUCAGUAAGUUAAUGGCAUUUGUGUGUCACAGUUAAAUUGGUAUAUAAUAUUGUUAUAUAAACAUUGUCCUGUUAAUGUUGCUUGGAACCCUUCAAUAAAAUAUCAAGGGUGGAGCAAAAAUGUACAGUUCCAGUAGAAUGACUAAAUCCCCAGCCAUUGGGGAUCCAGGCAGAGUUGGCGUGGGUAUCUAUGGGUUUAGCCUGAGGCAGAAGAUUUAGAACUGUGAAUUUGAAUGUUAUAGCUAAGUUUAUGUACUUUUAAUAUUUGUGUGUCUUAUAAAAAAAAAGAAGGCUGAACACUGAGGGUUUCCACUCACUGAAGCAGUGUGGGAAUUAGAAAUCAGGAAA